AUGCUGAGAGCACUGGAGGAGAUCUUGGACAUUCACUACCACUUAGUGUUACUAGAUCUUCAAGCAUAUAUCUCUUUCCACACAUUCAUCUCCCCGCUCCCAGUCAACGUUCCAAUCGCCGUCCAGACUACUCACAUCAAAAAGACCUACACCAAGACCAGCGCAGGCCCAUCUGAUCUCCACGCAACCACAAUACACAACAUGGACGCAAUCAUAGGCAACGGACUCCUCCUUCUACCCCCGCAAGUAGCACUAUACGAAGUCCUCGGAGGAGAAGUCGAUCUGAGAGGAGAAUUCGAUCUCACCACCGGACUACAGGACUGGAAAGCCAAGAAAAACCACCUCUCAAAGUUCCUCAAAGACUACCACGAUGCCUACGGCAUCAAAUUACGGCGAGUAAUCCCCAUAGGUCGGCCUCUGCAGGCUAUCUACGUGGGCAUGUCAGUCAUCUGCCAUAAAUGCCAACGUACGACUGGCGUACCAAAGAACUACUUACUGCACAAAGACUCCACGAAGGGUGGUAGAAAUUUCAGUCUUGUAUGCAGCAACAAGAAGUGCGGACACGAUUUAUACCGAUGCAGGAAUCAAUACCGCAACUGUAGUCGGAUCAAGAAAAACGCCCCUCUACUGGAGCCACCACUUGAAUACUAUCUCUACAGACAUUACGAAAUCGUCUUACAUGUUUGUUCGCGAUGCAGUACCUUCAUUCCCAUGGAGGACCCAGCGAAUCUAAGUCACCCAUGCUGGGAAAGCCACAAGGGGAGUUAUUAUCAGAAAGUGCGAGAAGGAGGUUCCUUCAUGGUGUGCUGUAAAUGCCUGUCUUUAUGCAAACUCCAACGCCACGAGAUAAAUAAGACGGAGGGAAUGAAGGAGGAUGUCAAAUACACUCUUUUCUGUAAGGAGGGAUGUGGACAUGUGAAUGAGGACUGGAACGACUGUGAAAAUUGUGUCAGGUUGGUGGAGGAACAACCUCCUGUGAAUGCCGAUAACUGUGAGAUCACUGUUGAACAACCAAGUAAGAAUGAGAAGGUUGAAGAGCCUGGCUUUUGGGGGAAGUUCAUGGGUUUCUUGAUGGAGGAAUAUGUGUUGGGAAUUGGUGUUAUUUUGGGAUGUGCGAUUAUGGAUCUUAUCUAG